AUGGUUGGAAAUUCUAUCAAAGUCGAUGACUAUUUCGGCAACGACGAUAAUGGCUUGUGGGCGUGGUAUCUAAGCAAUUUGAGACGCGGGAAUUUUGAAGAGCUCAACAACAACGAACUUAAAGUUGCACUACUGAAAAGAUUCUUAAACGAACAACUUCUGUCGGCAACGUUCCCGUUCAAUAAAAAACUACUGUUAGUGUCCAUACCUGAUGCUAUCCACGAAAACACCAAUCUGCUAGAAAACUUUUUGCGAGACUACUUUCAUUUAGACGACUUACAGUACAUUCAGAUUUGCAAAUUGACGCAGGAGCAAUGCUACAAUCACGAAAACCACUACCUUAUAAGCGAUAAUCUCAGCAAUUUUAACGAUAAGUCGUUUUUGGAGUUUGGGUCCAAAAACAGAGCCGUUCAUAAUGAACUCUUACCUCCACCACCGUCGUCCAACAAUCAGAUGAGCAUCAUUAGCGGAGAAACUGGGUAUGAUUCAUUGGAUUCGUCUGUUGAGCCUCCAAGUCCACAAAGAGCACCUCAGCCUUCCACAGUCAUUUUAGAAGAUUCGGAUCAUAAUCAAGAGGUUUCUGGCCAGUCGGUCAGAUCCGUCACAGUUGAAAACUCAGAAUCUGUGUAUUCCAGUGACUGCGAAAACACUCCUGACGAUAGCCAGUGCCAAGCUGUCUACGAGGAAGAUACGGCCGACUCAGGGCUCGGCAGUCCCGAAGACGACAAUGGCAGCGAGCUUGUUCUCCAGUUCAGGCAUCAUAGCAUCCAUAGUAGAGUUCCAAAGAAAACGUCAGAACUUUUUAAGGCUUCCAAUGGGACCCAAACGGGGAACACAUCCUCGACAGGCAUGUCGUCGAUUCGAAGCGCGGAUGGUUUAUCCUAUGAUGGCGAGGCCUUAACUCACACGAUUACACGAGAGGAUAGCAAUUUAUCUUCGAAUCCUGAUGAAGAUAGUUUAUCGGAAUUAUCGAGUGUAGAUCACUCCCUAAGAUCGCUGAGCUACGAUUCAGAAUGCUCGCCUUAUUCGAGCUCAAUGACUUCUAUUUUUCCGUCUCUGUCUAUCUCAGAGAAAUUUGGUCGAUUCAGGCUGGUCCUGCAAUCAAUACUUAUACAGCGACCGGAGAGUCGCCAAUUAUUCACAGCCAUAAGGCAGUCCAACAACGAUCCUAAUGUGGCCCAUGUCAAUGAUGAUUGGCUUUUAUAUGACGACAAAUUUUCCAUGAACAAUUUACAAAUGCUUGCAUUACACGAUGUUCUUGAACUGAACAAGUUCUUUCCAAAAGUCCUAUUCUAUACCCUGGUCAUGAUUCAAGAUGACGUGGCUGCGGAUGCCCAAGAGUAUCGUCCAGACGUUUCGCGCCUGUCUCCAAAGCCUAAUGCUUCCGUGUCAGCAUUAUCAGAGCGUACACUAAAAUUAGAAACUACGUUGAACUCCACCUUGACGCAAAUGGAUACUUGCAUGAGUGGUCCCAGUUUUGGCACUUCAAUAUCACCCUUUUGUGGACUGUCUAAAAAUGACUUUGUUGUUGGUAACGAUGAUGACGAUGUGAUGGAAAAUGAGGAGAACAACAGAGUACAGGACCCGCAAAUUUUCCAGCUGUACGCUGCAACUCGCACCAAUUCCAAUAAAUCGACAGCCCAUCGUUCAAUUAGAACGGUCAAGAGCAUAGGUGAUUGGGCAUUCCAUCACGACUCUCCUUAUAAACGACCACUGUCUAGAACCGAGUCCCCAAGCGGAAGCGAUCAGCCUAGUUUCAACGACGCACUCUUGAAGACACAGUCGAAAUCUUCAGCCAAGAGUGGCCUAUCAAAAACAAUCAGUACCGGGUCUAUGAGCACAGUUGCGAGAGCCAAGACUAUGCCAUCCCUUCUCAAACCUUUCAGUAGUUUUGACAACGAAACUGUGCAUUUGAAGCAGAAAGUGGCAAAGUUCAAGCGCAAAAGGAUGGCCAAACGCAAGAAGGCAGAACCCAAAUGCCUCAUAAUGUGA